AAGUAUUUAUCUAUCAUUUCUCAAAUGGCUUCCCCUGUCUUUUUUUACAUAAUUUCCAUUCUCUUUCUUCAACUUGUUUUAGUCUUUGGAAACGUUACUCUAAGUUCUAUACUCUCCACCAACAACAACAAUUCAUGGUUAUCACUUUCUGGUGAGUUUGCUUUUGGAUUUCGUCAACUUAAUAAAAACAACACAAACUUCUUUAUGCUUGCAAUAUGGUACAACAAGAUAUCCGACAAAACCAUUGUUUGGACUGCCCAAAACGACAACAACCUCGUACAAGCACCGAAAGGGUCACAGAUUCAAUUAACAUCAGGUGGACUCACGUUAACAACUUCACAAGGUGAUUCCCUUUGGACAGCACAACCAAACAAUGCUGUUUCCUAUGGCACCAUGCUUGAUACUGGUAACUUUGUUCUUGUUAACAAAACUUCUACUUUUGUUUGGGAAAGUUUCAAUUUUCCCACUGAUACCUUGUUGCCUAAGCAAUCUCUUUAUUUAAGUGGUACCUUAACUUCUAGAUUCUCAGAAACCAAUUUUUCAAGUGGAAGGUUCCAACUUUAUUUCAAUGGUGAUAAUGUUUGGAUGAGUCCACUUGCAUGGCCUACUCAAUUCCGUUACAAUUUUUACUAUAGAAUUGUUGUUCCUAGUAACUUUGAUUCUUCAAGUUUAGUUUUUGAUGAAUUAGGUGAUAUUUAUGUGGAAACAAAUAAUAAUAAUAAUGGGACUAGAAUUAAACUUCAAGAUACAAAAUGGAAAAAUUUAGUUCUUGAUUCUAAGUUGUAUUAUUAUAGAGCAACACUUGAUUAUUAUGGAGUUCUUACACAAUAUUCUCAUCCAAGGGAUAUUAAUGCAACACAAGGAUGGAGUAUUGUAAGAUAUGUUCCUGAUAACAUUUGCAUUGCUAUAUUCAAUGAAAAGGGUAGUGGUACUUGUGGUUAUAAUAGUUACUGUUCCAUGGAAAAUCAGAGACCUAGUUGUAAAUGUCCUUAUGGAUAUUCACUGAUAGAUCAAAGUAAUCAAUUUGGUGGGUGUCAAUUAAAUUUCACACUUGGUUGUGGAGCUGAUAAUGGUGAAGGAUUGAAUGUGAAGCAAGAAGAUUUAUAUGAGUUCACUGUUGUUAAAGAUGUGGAUUGGCCUUUAUCAGAUUAUGAAGAGAUGCAUCCUUAUUCUCAACCAGAUUGUCAACAAUCUUGUUUGCAUGAUUGUAUGUGUGCUAUUGCUGUUUUCAAUAACCAAACUUGUUGGAAGAAAAGAUUGCCUCUUGCUAAUGGAAGAGCACAAAGUGGUGGCCAAUUAGUACUUGUCAAAACAAGAAUUACUCCACUAGGAAGAGUUACUCCUCUUGGUCCUAAUCCUUCUUUCGCCGCAAAUGAUUCAAAAAAAGACGAUCAAGUUAAGCCGAUUCUUCAAGGUUUACUUAUUGGUUCAACUGUCAUUAAUAGCAUACUUUUAGCUGUUGUUGUUUUUCUGACACUCUUGAAACCGAAAAGGGUUGUCCAAGGUGCAACUCUCUUCGAAACAAAUUUGCAUUCUUUUAGUUAUGAAGCAUUGAAAGAAGCCACAUGGGGUUUUAGGGAAGAACUAGGUAGAGGUUCCUUUGGUAUUGUUUACAAAGGUGAAUUAAAAGCAGAAGCAUCUUGUAAUGUUGUUGCUGUCAAGAGAUUGGAUAGAUUAAUAGAAGACCGUGAAAAGGAAUUUAAGACCGAGUUGAGAGCCAUUGGUAAAACCUGCCACAAAAACUUGGUGAGGUUGAUUGGAUUUUGUGAUGAAGGAAUGCAUAGAAUGUUGGUUUAUGAGUUCAUGAGCAAUGGUACUCUAGCAGACAUCUUAUUUGGACAAAACAAACCUAUUUGGAAUGUAAGAGUUGAAUUUGCUUUGGGGAUUGCAAGAGGGUUAGUGUAUUUACAUGAAGAAUGUGACAGUUCCAUCAUUCAUUGUGACAUAAAGCCUCAAAAUAUACUCAUAGAUGAUUACUUCACAGCCAAGAUAUCUGACUUUGGUUUGGCCAAAUUGUUGUUAGCUGAUCAAAGUAGAACGAAUACGAUGAUUCGAGGAACACGAGGAUAUGUGGCUCCUGAAUGGUUUAAGAAUGUUCCUGUGACAGCUAAAGUUGAUGUUUACAGCUUUGGUGCAAUGUUGUUGGAAAUCAUUUGCUGCAGAAGAAGUGUGGUGCUGAUGGAGUCAGGGGAGGAAGAGAAGGCAAUUUUGACAGAUUGGGCUUGUGAUUGCUAUAUGGAAGGGAGAAUAGACACUCUUGUGGAAAAUGAUCAAGAGGCCUUAGAUGACAUUGGCAGGUUAGAAAAUUGGAUAAAAAUAGCAAUUUGGUGCAUUCAAGAGCAUCCUGAAAUGAGGCCAACAAUGAGGAUGGUUAUACAAAUGCUAGAAGGUGUGGUUGAAGUUCCUAACCCGCCAUCGCCUUUUUCGUUCGAUUCCAUUCCUUGAUUUCCAGCAAAAAGAUUGAAGGUGGACUAUACAUUUGUUCUAAAUAUCAAUACCUUUAUACAAUGUUUAUGAUUAUUUUCUGUUGUGAUGAUUUCUUUCUUAUCUGUAAAUUGAUAUUGGUUAGUAAUGAAAAAUUAGUGUACAAAUAACUAUAAGAUAGUCUGUGUAAUACUAACAUCAUCCUGUCAUUGUCAACACCAAAGAAAAACAGUGAGGUCAACUGAUUAGGAAAUACAUUCAUGCAUUUAGAGUCA